AUGAACCCUCUUCGAUUGCUUUUACUAGGAGCUCCAGGCUCUGGUAAAGGUACUCAAACCUCCAAGCUUCUGAACCAAUUCAAACACAUCAAAUCGGUCUCUUCAGGGGACCUACUCCGACGAAGGAUUCAACAAAAGACCGAACUGGGUCGCAUUGCCUCGGAGUACAUCUCACAGGGCAAACUCUUGCCAGACUCUUUGAUGAAUGACCUAGUAGUGGGCGAGUUGUCGGUUCGAGGUUGGCUCUCCGCGGACUCCAGUUUCCUUUUAGAUGGAUUUCCUCGAACGUUGGAGCAAGCUCGGUCUUUGCGUGUCCAAUUAACACCACACAACGCCUCAUUGAAUUUAGUUGUCGAACUGGAUGUCCCAACCGACGUCAUUCUUGAGCGCAUUGAAAACAGAUAUGUUCAUGUCCCUAGCGGCAGGGUCUACAACCUGACUUACAACCCGCCUAAAGUCCCAGGAAAGGAUGACGUUACAGGCGAGCCGCUCAUUAAACGGCCCGAUGACACAUCCGAAGUAUUUGGUAAGCGGCUCAAGAACUACGCGGAAACUGUUGAGCCAUUAAAACAAUUUUACUCUGAACUGGGAAUUCUAAAAACAGUGUCUGGCCCAACAUCUGAUAUAAUAUUCCCUCAGUUACUGAAGCUCGUUGUGCAGAAGCUGCACCAGCCUUGA